AUGCUCGUACGACUGCUCACGAUCCUUUGGCUAUGGGUGCUGGGCUUUGCCCUGAGCGAGGAAUAUGGCUUGGAAGAUCGUAACAAUUUUGAAGAUCAUCCCGAUGUCAAACGUGUCCCACCAUAUCUAGAUUCAGCUUCUGAAAACCGAUGGUUCGACUUUGGUGGCGAUACCGUCAUCCGUUCCGAUAGAUAUAUCCGCCUUACGCCCGACCGACAAUCGCGCCAAGGCUGGAUGUUCUCGCGUGUCCCGUUAACCGCGACCAAUUGGCAGGUAGAAAUUGAGUUCAAGAUUGACGGCCAAGGAACCCUUCAUGGAGAUGGCAUGGCAAUAUGGCUUACCAAACAACGAGCAACGAAAGGCCCUGUUUUUGGAUUCAUGGACAAAUUCGAAGGAUUGGGUAUCUUCAUCGACACCUACAAGAAUAACCGGGGAAACCCUGCGUUCCCCUAUGUCAUGGCUAUGCUGGGUGAUGGCCAGGUGUCGUAUGACCAGGCGCAGGAUGGCAAACCCAAUGAGCUUGCUGGAUGCUCGGCUCGAGGGAUCCGCGGUGCCUCCGUCGCUACAAAGGCUCGAAUAACCUACUUCCAAGACAAAUUCCUCUCUCUCGACCUGCAAUAUAAAUCAGACCUCUCCUGGACUUCUUGCUUCACCGUUGAAGCUUCUGAAGAACAAUCUAUAAACAUCCCCACAGUCGCCUACCUCGGAGUGUCCGCGGAGACCGGCGAACUCAGCGACAACCAUGACAUCAUAUCUAUCGACACCUAUUCGCUCUACAACAAGGCGCCCACAGACCAAGUUCCCAUCUCCAGGGGCUCCGGUAGGAAGACAAAUUCCAAGGCCGGAAAGGGAGCCGCUUAUAACAGGGGUGGCGAUGAUGGUAGUGGUGGAUGGUUAUGGUUUUUAUUUAAGAUCAUUUUGUUCCUAGCUCUUGUUGUUGCGGCGUAUAUUGGCUUCACGGCUUUUAGAGCCAGUCAAAAACGGAGGUUUUGA